GUUGCGAGCCUGAAUGGCUCUGGAGCCGGCGGAUGUGUCUCCUUUCUCCACUUGACGCUUGGUCGCCGCUGGGCUGCCAGGUUCAUGUGGAGGCUCUCAGGAGCCCGCGCCGCGCUUCGUGGGGUCCGUACGGCGGUGGAACGGCACAGCCGGACGGAGGCGGCAGCUGAGACGGCGGCCGGCGCGAUGGAGCGGGCUGUGGUGCGCUGUGUGCCCUCGGAGCCCAAGCUCAGCCUGUCGUUCGCGUUGGCCGACGGCAGCCACAAGAACAUGCAGCGUGACCAGAGCGAGCCGCUGGGUCGCGCCCUCAGCCGAAUCGCUACCAACGCUCUCAAGGGCCACGCUAAGGCGGCCGCCGCCAAAAAGAGCAGGAAGAACCGUCCGAGCGCGAGUGGCGGCGUGGCGUGUGCGGGGCCCGGACCCGAGCCGGGUGCGGCCUGCGAGCCGGUGGUGAAGCUGUACUACCGGGAGGAGGCAGUGGCUGAGGACGUGCUCAACGUGGACGCCUGGCAGGACGGCGCGGUGCUGCAGAUAGGCGAUGUCAAGUACAAGGUGGAGCGCAACCCUCCCGCCUUUACCGAGCUGCAGUUGCCACGCUACAUAAUGGCCGGAUUCCCGGUGUGCCCCAAGCUCAGCCUAGAGUUUGGGGAUCCCUCCAGCUCCCUCUUCCGCUGGUACAGAGAAAACAAACCCCGAGUGGCGGAACCAGAGGGCGGGGGCCCCUCGUCAUUUUCUCCGUCUUCGUCCUCUCCUACUUGGAUCGAGACUGGUGUGGACCAGCGCGUUUAUACCCCGACUAAUGCUGACAUCGGCCUAAGGCUCAAGUUUCAUUGCACCCCAGGCAAUGGGCAGCGCUUCGGGCCAAGCAGAGAGUUGGAGAGUUGUCCAGUGGAGGCCGGGCCUGGCACCUGCACCUUUGACCACCGGCAUCUGUACACCAAGAAAGUGGCAGAUGACGCUCUCAUCCGCACUGUCUCCUACAACAUCCUUGCGGAUACGUACGCACAAACUGAAUUCUCGCGGACUGUCCUGUACCCAUACUGUGCCCCGUACGCCCUGGAGCUCGACUACCGCCAGAAUCUUAUCCAGAAAGAACUCACGGGCUACAAUGCAGACCUCAUCUGUUUGCAAGAGGUUGACCGCAGCGUGUUUACAGACAGCUUGAUGCCUGCCCUCGAAGCCUUUGGACUGGAAGGCCUGUUUCGAAUCAAGCAGCACGAAGGUUUGGCCACUUUCUACCGAAAGUCCAAGUUCACCCUCCUUAGCCAGCAUGACAUUUCUUUCCAUGAAACCCUGGAGUCUGACCCACUUCACAAAGAACUGCUAGGAAAGCUAGAUUUGUACCCUUCCGCAAAAGAGAGGGUGUUACAGAGAUCUUCUGUCCUUCAGGUUUCUGUUCUUCAGUCUACAAAGGAUUCUUCGAAAAAGAUAUGUGUUGCUAAUACCCAUCUCUACUGGCACCCAAAAGGUGGGUACAUUCGUCUUAUUCAAAUGGCAAUAGCCUUGGCUCAUAUUAGGCAUGUCUCCUGUGAUCUGUAUCCUGGCAUACCAGUUAUAUUUUGUGGGGACUUUAAUAGUACCCCAUCAACAGGAAUGUAUCAUUAUGUCAUCAAUGGAAACAUACCUGAGGAUCAUGAAGACUGGGCUUCUAAUGGGGAAGAAGAACGAUGCAAUAUGUCUCUUACCCAUUUUUUCAAACUGAAAAGUGCUUGUGGUGAACCUGCUUACACAAAUUACGUUGGUGGCUUUCAUGGAUGUUUAGAUUACAUUUUCAUUGACUUAAAUGCUUUAGAGGUUGAACAAGUGAUUCCAUUACCUAGUCAUGAAGAAGUUACUACCCACCAGGCCUUACCUAGUGUUUCCCAUCCUUCUGAUCACAUAGCACUUGUAUGUGACCUAAAGUGGAAAUAGAUUUGUAUUUAAUGGAAUUUUUUUUAAUUUUUUUUUUUUUGUAUUUAAUGGAAUUUAAGUGUGCUUGGGUAUGAAAUUUAAUAUGAAUCAAAGCUUACUGUAACCUUCAGAGAAGAAAACUGGACACUAAGUUAAAGUGUUCUUACCCUACUAGUUAUUGUCCAGUGUCUUCAUUACAUGACUGUUCAUAAUGUUUGCAUAAUAUAGUUUCUCUACCCUUUUUUUCUAUACUUGGAAGAAAAACAAAUAUAUUUAUGACUAGCAGGAAGAAAAUUGAAUUAUUGUGUAUGUUUUAUAAGUACUUUUUUUUCAACUAGUAAUUACGAAUUUUUUUUAAAGUGCCAUUUGAAUGACCCUAUAGUUUUUCUAUCAUAAUACAUAUUUCAAAUUGAAUCAUGUUUAUAUAAUUAGGGAGAAAGUGCAUACAAGCUGUGAGGGGCCUAAGUUCUGACACAUGGAAUGACAUUAGGGUCUACCUCAAUUUGGUUAGCAAUUUAAUACAACUUAAGAGCUUUAACAAAAGAUUAAAAAUAACAUCACAAUUAUUAAUACUUUCAUUUUUCAAUUAACAGGGGUGUUUUCAUUUUUAAGAUUUUAGUUUAUAGUAAAUGGAACAAACGGUCAUAUUUAUAUUCUCAUUCUUAACUGCAGCUCAUUUUGACUUUUAGGAUGUAAGCACAAUUUAUUAUUUCCGAGUCAGUGGCAACAUAGUCAACUUGAUCCCAUUGUCUUUAAUUACUUUGGUUCAUGAAAAAUGUUCAUAAUUCAACAUGGUAUUUGACCUUAUGAUAUUAGAGAAUACAACAUAAUAUGAAAUUGCCGACGGACAUGGGCUUGAAAUUUUCAGUGAACCAUUGAGCACUUAUAUGCUAGAACUAUUUUAAAAAUUGUUUUUAUAAGUAAGAAAAAUGAGAGUAGAGGGAGUUUUGAGCAUCUGAAAUUAAAAAAAAAAACUAUUCUUUUAUAGACUUGAACAUUUUAGUUACAGAAAACAUUGUAUAUAUAAUUUAUAUACUAUUAAAAAAAUUAAGUAUGAAGCCAAACUGUCUAACCCAUAAUGGUAACUGAGCUUUUCUAACUCAGUUACCAUCUUCCCUCAUUUGUAAUGCUUUAGUUGCUGCUUUUUUGGUGUUCAGGAUAACUGUAAUGCUAUCUUAUAUUUCUCUAUUUAAUUCUUAUCUUAAGUAUUAAAAACCCACCCACCUCAAAGAAAGCUCUGAUUUUCCCGUCAUAAAAGCCUUUGUUCCAAACUCAUCUCUGAACCCAGUAAAAUAAGAACCUGGCACUUUUGAUAAAGUAGCCUGUACUUUAAUAUUCUGCACACCUAUCCAAUGUAUUAAUAAUUCUUAGUUCACUAAAUUUGAGGAUGAGAGCUUUACCUGUAUUUCAGAUUAAGCCUUGAAGUACUUAAAGUACUUGAAGGGAAAAAUUAAGGUGGCAGUCUCCUGGGAUCUUGUUCAGAAAACGCUGUAAGUGAAAAAUUGAUAUUACCGAAUUGUGCCUUUGUAAGUAGCCUUUUUAGAGCAUUUUUACAUCAGUUUAAAAAUACAUAAAUAAUACAGUAAAACCAGAAUCUGAUUCUUGAGCAAAAUACCUUUUUCCUUUCUAAAAAUAUGAUUUUGAUGUGCUUUCAAACAUUUUAACAAGACUCUAACAAUAACUUCAGAGAAAACAGUUUCUAAGCAAAAAUUUGAGACAUACACGUGACAUACACAUGCAUAUGAGAAAAUCAUAGGUUUUAUAUUAACACCAUGGUUAGCUAGCUAAAUUGAACUCUGUCUGAAACACUUUAAGCACUUAUCACACAUUCCACAUCCAGAAUCUUAAAAUUUGAUAUUUACUGACUGAACUAUGAUCAGAUUGCAUAGAGGCAUUUCAGAAUAUUGGCUUGUAGAAUAUUGUGAAGUGCCAUAUACUCUGGUCAAAUCUCCAAUAUACAGAUAUGAUAGUGUGAACAGAGUCCAAAGGUAGGGAACACUAAUAAAAUUACAUAAAUAGCCUACCAAAAUUUCCUUGUAUUCAUUAGUUACAGUACAGUGUUCAGAAAUAUAUGUGUUUAAAACCAUCUUUUGAUUGAAUUUUUCUAUUACAUUUGAAUUUUUUAGGACAUUUGAUUUUAAUAAAAUAUGGGAAGUCUAGCAACUCUCUAUGGUGGACCACAAUUAUGUUACAAGUUCUUAUUGUAGGAAUUAACAUUCCAAAAUUUUGUAUUAUAAAUGACUUAAGAAUCUUAUAAAACAUGUUAUCCUGUUAAAACUCUUGCACAGUUGCCACUACAGUAGAUGUAUAUACUGGUAGUUCAUUAGCAAAGAAAUCAUCUGGUCAUAAUGUGAUGUUCUCUGAAACCCCACAUACUAAAAUCAGUUGUUUACAAUUUCAAAGAACUUACUUCGGUGGAAACUUCUGAGAGAACGAUAACUUGCUUUCAUCAGAAUAAGAUGGUUUCAGUCUCAUUCUGAAGGUAUGUAAUACGGGGGAGAGAGGGUUCAAAGAACAUUACUGUGGGUAGAUCUCCCUUUAGAUCUCAUGUUCUCCCGCUAUAAAGUAUAGGCAAAAGUGCCCUACAAACUGGUUUAAUUAAGACAAAAUCAAAGUCUGCAUAUAAUGAAAGGUAAGGGUUUGUGUUAUUAAUUUAUCACAAAACCCACAUGACAACUCAAUAGGGAAAAGUCUUUCCUCCAAAAAAUUAUAGCCAACACUAAUUUCCUAAACAAUUCAAAAACAUUUUCCUAUUUUGAAAUUUGUUUCAAUAUAGUACUAAAAGGAAACAUUGGAUUUUACUUUGGGGGAGGAAACAAAAGAGGGUUAACUGGUUUGGGUAAUAUUCAAAUUCUUUGGUCCCACUUUAUAAGAAAGUUCAUGUCAACAGCAAAAUUAUUAGAACUGUAUUAACUGGGUAAUUUUUAACAUUAACUUCCAAAUAACACUACUACAUUCUGAGGUGACAAUACCAAAGCACUUUUUAAUCAAGGUCUAAGUCACUUAAGAUUAUCCGUUUUAAAAUAUAUGAUCUACAAAGUUAUGCAUUCAUCUUUAGUUCCAAAAAAUUUUUAUCAUCCCAAAAGGUAAAAUCAUCCCCCAGUCCCUUCACUCCUGCAGCUCCUGGUAACCACUAAUCUGCUGCCUUUGUGGAUUUACCUAUCCUGGAUUUACCAUCCAUUUUAUAUAAAAGGGAUCAUACAGUAAAUGAUCUCUUGUAUCUGAUUUCUUGGAAUAAUGCUUUUAAGAUCCAUCAUUGUAUGUAUCAGUACUUUAUUCCUUUGUAUGGCUAAUAUUCCAUUGUAUGGUUAUAACACAUUUUAUGUAUUUAAAUGGACUUUGGAGUUGUUUGCACCUUUUGGCUGUUGUGACUAGUGCUGCUAUAGAACAUUUGUGCACAUUUUUAACAACUGUUUCCAGUUCUUUUGGUUAGAUAUUAUUGUUGGGCCAUAGAGUAAUUCUGCUUAACUUUUUGCCAAAAUGUUUUACACAGUGACUGCCCCAUUUUACAUUCCCAACAGCAGUGUAUGAGGGUUUCCAGUUUCUCCACAUCCUCACUAUUUUAUUUGUCAUCCAAGUGGGUGUGAAGUGGUAUUUCUCCCAGUGUAUUUUUAGCUUUAGUGUAUGUUGGGGCAGCCAUGAACUAGAUUAUUGAGUAGAUUACCCAACCUCCUCUUUUUUUUUGUCCAGAGAACUCAUCUUUAACAAUCCUACGUAUUUUUAUAAGCUUUGUGUUAUAUUGGAAAGGUCAGUUUCAUCGUUUCCUUUGAAGAGAUUUGGGAAGAAAAACAUUACCAAAAAAUGCCAAAACCCUGGAAUGUAAACAAUCUGGAAAGAAUAGGAAGCCUAAGAUAAUAACAAAAAGAUCACUUUAAAAAAUGUGGAUCUAUUUCAGGGAUUUGUUUCAGAGAAUGAACUUGCUUAUUAAUGUUAGUUUAUAAUGGUUGAACCAUGUUCCACUGUCACCUGUCAUUUUUUAAGUCCCAGUUUAGGUACAGAGUAGCAAGAAUGCCCAACUAUUAAUUCCUCAGAAACUGAGAUGAUUAUAACUGAAUAUAACUUGUUAUAAUGCAUAACCAGCAAAAGACUAAAUUAUAGUUACUAAAAAUCUUAGGUUUUGAAAAGGAAAUCCUAAAGACAAAGUAAGCUUUAAAAAUAGAUUAAAAACAUAAUUAUAUUAAAAAUUAUAAUGCGGAAAAUUAUCUUGCAACUUGUGUUGAAUCAUAUUGAGGCUAGAUGCUUAAAUGAAUAUUUUAUACAUUAAUGAUAAAGUAAUCUUUAAAUUGUAAACCUUAAAAAUACUAAGUGUAUGGUAGCUGGCUGAUGCUACCCUCAAUGCAACUUAGCAACUGGAUUCAUUCAGACUUUACAUUGUCAAAACAUGGUCAGUGAUAGUUCUUAUUCAUAAUUUUUAAUUACCUUGAGAAAUGUCACUUAAAAAAAACAAUUAUCUCCAUCUUCUGUCCAUUUUUUAUUUAUAUGUUGAAGGGUUUAUAAAAUGCAAUCCAUUUUGCCUGGUAACUCACUUUAAUGAUGUUCUGAAUGUUACUGAUGUUUCUCUUUCGUGUGUUGAAGUAUUCCUAAUUGGUAUUUUUGCUUGUUUCACCUCAUUUGUGUACUUUCUAUAUUGCAAAUGGUUCAGUGGGGAAUUGGAUAAGCUUUAUUUAGAUGGCUUCUAAUGGCUGAACAAUAUAAAUUAAACACACUUUUAAAAGACUAUAUUGUAUAUAAUCUGUUUACCCUGUGGAGUAGUUUGGAGAGAGAUAUAUCUAGGGAUAAAAUCAUCUAAAAAUAAACCUGACCGGACUUCCCUGGUGAUGCAAGGGGUAAAGUCUCAGUGCUUUGAAGCUAUCCUCAGCCACUGAAGUACAAGUUCGAUCCCCAGCCAGGGAGCUGACCCACAUGGCCCAGCAGACCUCUCCUGUCUUGCCUGUUGCUCCCCUUAGUAGAUCCAUCUGUUCUGCUCCCCAUUCUGUCUCUGGUGAAUCCUCUCACCCCUUGCAUUUCUGGCCUGCACCCCAGCUCUUGUACGCACAAAUAAAUAAUCUUUAAAAAAAAAAAGUAAAGCUGACAUUCCUCAGAAACGCUGGGUUAAUGAUAGUGUUUUAGAUGUCUUAAGCCAAAGAAUAAUAUUCCUGCUGAAACUAUAGGAUUUUUUAAAAAUUGUAUUGUGAAUAAUAUAAUUACAUUACCCCUUUCAUAUCUUUACCAUAUACCCAAAGAAAUUGACUUUUUGCAUCCUGGAUUGGUUUUUCAUUCUAAAUGAAAAAAAUCUCUUGAUGCUUUGGUCCUUUAAAAUUAAUUAUUUCAGUAUGUUUUGUCACUUUGUCAAGUAGGUUGACAAGGAUUGACCCCCAAGAAGAAAUUCCAUACUCAUGAGCAGUGAUUCCAUUCCUUCUUCCCCUGGUAUAUACUUAACUACUUUUUUGUCUUUAUGGAUUUGCCUAUUUUGAAAAUUUCAUAUAUGAAGAAUCAUAGCUACAUAGUCUUUUUAAUUUCACAUAGUUUUAAGGUUCUUCCAUGUUGUAGCAUUUAUCAAUUUAUUCCUUUUUUCUGACAGUAAUCUGUUGUGUAUAGAAAACACAUUUAUGCACUCAUCAGUUGACAUUUGGAUUGCUUCUUUUGGAUUCUGUAUAAUACACAGUUGUGUACAAGUUUUUGAGUGGACAUCUAUUUUCAUUUCUUUUUAGGCAUUUAAGAGUGAAACUGCUGGUUCACAUGGAUAAUUUUUAACCUCUUUUACUGCCAGAUUCUUAUCCAAAGUAAUCCCAUUUUGUAUUCCCACUAGCAAUGUUCAAAGGUUCUAGUUUCUUCACAGUAUCACUUGUUCAUUCUUUUUGAUUACAGCCACCCCAGUGUAAAGUGGCAUUUCCUUGAUGGCUAAUGAUGAUGAGCCUACUUUUAUGUAUUUUGCCAUUUGUGUAUCUUUGGAGCCAGAGUUUUAAAAGUUGUCUUUUAAUUGUUGAGGACCCCCACCCUUUUUAAAACUCAUCAUCCCUCAAUUCUUCAUGGCUGUCCAGGAACUAAACCUUGCCGUCUGUGCUUAAUACAUCCUAUUAAUGUUCCAACCUACCGGUCUCUUCCUGAGAGCCAGCAGAUGGCAGUGCUAGGCCCACAAUACUAUUUAUAUGCUCAAUAUAAUAGGAAGCACACCAUGAGAACAAUGCAGAAAUCCCUUAGAAGGUUAGGAGGACAUUUAACUCUACUGUCCUUUAAAAUACAACCUUGCAGGCAUCUGCUAGUACAUCUGCCUUAAGUAUUUACCCAAGUUCACAUUUAUUUUACCAUUAAAAGACUCUUGCUUUUGCUGUUGAUUUCUCACAAUCUGUUACUACAAUAUAACCUCUUAAACAUUUUGUAUGGUUUGUGGGAAUAAUUUUAUGAUAAAGGGAUAUUUGUCUAAAAGAAACAAAAGCAGCCAGUUAGCCUUCCAAUAGUUGUCCCUUUAUUUUUCUAGAAUAUACAGCGUGAUAUUAUAUUUACGUGAAUACAAUUACCAAGAAUAUACUUGAGCUUAAAUAACUCAGGAAUAAAUUUUAGAGCUAAGCCCUAAUCAAUUCCACAUUUAUAUAAAUGUACCUUUAAAAUAUUUGAUUAGGGCCUCUCUGGUGGCACAGGGGUUAAACACAGUGCUAUCAAGCUAUCACCAACCAUUGGCGGCAUGAGUUCGAUCCCUGGCUGGCCAGGGAGCAACCCACAUAGUGCAGCAGACCUCUCCUGCUCCCCUCAGCAGUGUUAUUUCAAUCAGUCCGCCUGUUCUGCUCCCCACUCUAUGGUGAAUCCUCUCACCCCUUCCCCGCACCUCUGGCUUACACCCCAGUUCUUGUAUGCAUAAAUAAAUCUUUAAAAAAUAAAUAUUUACCUAGCUCAAUGAGUUUAAGGAUGUAGUUUUCCUAAAAAUAACUAAGCUGAUGGUAUAAGCAAACAUCAUUUGGGAAGAGUGGUAUCCAACUGCUGAUCCUUGGAAAAGGAACUGCUGAUAGAUUUCUAAUCACUUCCUCAGAAUUCAACCUUCUGAUAGGUAAUCAGACCCCAGAACAGAUUAAUUUUCCCUUUAUUAGAUUUAGAUAAUGAACUCGCAAAUAUAUCCUUUGCUCUUUAUUAUUCAAUCCGAGUUUUCAUACUAAUUUUAACCAAAGUUUACAUUAUUGAAACAUUUCAACGUACCACCAGGAAACAUAAGCACUUGUUUCAUGACUAACAACCAGAAAUUCCAUAUUUAAGAAAGUUUGAUUCGGUACUUACGGUUUUCUGGACCAUUUAAGCAUUUAACACUGUUUUCGAGCCCUCCCUCCAAUUAACUUUUCAUUUUUUGGUUCAGUAAUAUUCCCUAUUGUCUAAAUUAUUCAGUCACUUUUUACAUGUUUUUUUCCUCCACCUUAUAUAUUCUCAAUUAAAAAAAACUUAAAUCUGUUAUUUUAAUCUCCCAGAUUAUCAGUUUCUCAAU